AUGCCUGAGGAAGAUUAUGACAUCUACGGCGAAUACGAAGCUUAUGCUGCUGUCAGAGCCAACCAGGGUAUUGAGGGACAGGAAUUCGACGCAAAGGAAGAGCCGGUGGAGGCUAUGACGACCGAAGUCGAACCCUCGAUAGGUGAGAAACGGCCUCGGAGCGAUGAAGAUGAGGAGGAAGAAGCAAAGCCGUCACCCGUCCAAAACUCGCCUCAGGCCCCUCACGUUCAGUCAGUCCAGCAAGGUCCGGUCAGGACCGAAGGUAUCUCGCAUGGCGUCGUGAACGGUAACUACAACGCCGUAGUGCAAAACGGUGGUCAGAUGGGAGGCGGGAUGGACCCGUCGAUGGUGGGCUAUGAUGCACUGUAUAUUGGUGAUUUGCAAUGGUGGACGACAGAUGAGGACCUGCGUCAAGUCGCUCUUAAUGUCGGCGUGUCAAUCGAUCACCGUGACAUCACCUUUUCUGAACACAAGGUGAACGGCAAGAGUAAAGGUAUUGCCUACGUGGAGUUCAGUAGUUUCGAGAACGCCAACGCCGUCAAAACAUGGUUCGAUAAUAACGACUUCCAAAAUCGACGUGCUACAGCAACUCUGACAAAUUCUUCGCAAGGCAAUCCGUUCCGUACACUCCCUAAAGAACCACCGCCACGAGAUACCCGAACCAGCCAACAAGCAACCCCUGUUCCCACCUCAGGGACAAACAUGGGCCGCGGCUCAACAGGGAACUUCCGCGGUGGUACUUCCAACCAGAUGGGGGGAGGUAUGAUGGGUGCACAAGGUCGCGGGGGCGGUAUGACGAGCAACAUGAUGCGCGGUGGCAUGCCCACAAUGAUGGGUAACAUGGGUAUGGGCAUGGGCAUGGGCGGCAUGAACAUGAUGGGAAUGGGGAACAUGGGCAUGGGUAUGGGAGGCUUCGGUGGGCGCGGCGGCAUGAUUCCCCAGGGACCCCGAGGAGGUGGUAUGAUGGUGGGUGGACGUGGCGGCAUGGGAGGAAUGGGUAUGGGAAUGAUGGGAGGACGCGGCGGCUUCGGCAUGCAAGGUCACUUCAAUCCAGCGUUCAUACAAGGGCAGCAAGGCGGUCAGUUCGGUGGCGGCGGCUCAGAUAGGAAGCGAUUCCGAGCGGACGAUAAUUGAUGAUGCAUCAAGGCAAGCGCCAUUCAAAACACCUGUGGAUCGACGUAUCUAAGUAUUUAUUUAUUUCUAUCCUCCGCUCCUUCGUAUCGUGCGUUCAGCAUUUUAACUUGUUGAUAUUUGCUUUUUCCUUGUCGCUGUUGACAUUGCUGAUGUUCAAUAACCUAUCCUUGUAAUAUUGAAACAUGCGUCGAUCUAUUCUGUCUGCUGGUGAACUAGGAAGGUAUUGCAUUGCACGAAGAGCAUGGGUACGACUGCAGAGACUGAAUACAUGGUGUAACAUAUAAACAAGAUUGCGUUGGCUGAUAGAACAAAAGUGAUGGUGAUUUAUGAUUUAUGGUAUGCGUAUAUCACAUCUAAAGCAUCAAG